GAAAGCUGCACAUGUUCAGUGAACACAAGCUAAAAUAUUGCAGGUGCUAGUGUAGUGGGGAUAAUUUGUCCCGCAUCCAUAUCUGAAUCAAAUAAGAAUUGUAAAAAGGAAGUUACCAGUUGUUUGUCUGAAGAUGAGGUGGAAAGCACAGUUAGCUGUCCUGGGCAUGAUGGCUGUGAUGUUUGGCCUGAUACCUUCCUCUGAUGCCUUAGCUGUUAUGUCAGCUGAUUUGGGAAGUGAGUUUCUGAAAAUUGCCAUUGUGAAGCCUGGGGUACCUAUGGAGAUUGUACUGAACAGAGAAUCCCAGAGGAAAAGCCCUGUGGUUGUGUCCAUGAGGGACGGAGAGCGCAUGUUCUCUGAUGCCGCUUUGCAGACAGCUAUAAAUCAUCCUCGCAAAGCGUUCUGGUACUUGACUCAUUUAGUGGGGAAAAAAUUUGAAGACCCAGAAGUUGAGUUAUUCAGGCAGAGAUUCCCUUAUUAUAACCUGGUGAAAGAUGAAAAAACUGGAACUGUCAGGUUCAGAAUUGACGAAGAGACUGAGUACAGCCCAGAAGAGUUGCUGGGCAUGAUCCUGGAGAGAGCUAAGGAGGAUGCCGAAACUUUUGCAGAACAGCCAAUUAAAGAUAUUGUUAUCACUGUGCCAGCAUUUUAUAACCAGGCAGAACGACGUGCCAUCAUUCGUGCAGCACGGAUGGUUGAUCUGAACGUGUUACAGCUGAUGAGCGACAAUGCUGCGGUGGCACUCAACUACGGUAUAUUCAGACGGAAGGAGUUUAACUCGUCCAUGCAGUAUUACAUAUUCUAUGACAUGGGAGCUACAAGUACCACAGCCACUGUUGUAGGUUAUCAAGUGGUGAAAACAAAAGAAGGAACCAUAGUGGAGACUAACCCACAGGUGGUUGUUAAAGGUGUAGGUUUUGAUAAGACUCUAGGUGGAUUGGAAAUCACACUUCGUUUAAGAAAGCACCUGGCUCAGCUUUUUAAUGAUCAGAAGAAAACAAAAACAGACGUAUUCACAAAUGAGAGGUCAAUGGGGAAACUGUUCAAAGAAGCUUCCCGUGUGAAGAAAGUUCUGAGUGCUAAUAACGACCAUUUCGCUCAGGUUGAAGGCCUACUGGAAGAGAAAGAUUUCCGAGCCAAAGUGACACGAGCAGACCUGGAAACUCUUUGUGCUGAUCUGUUUGAUCGUGUGACCAAGCCCAUUGAAGAUGCGCUGAAGGCUUCAGAAAUUACACUGGGUGAAAUCAAUGAAGUGAUCUUGAUGGGAGGCAGCUCAAGAGUACCUAAAGUACAGGAAAAACUGAAGGAAUUCCUUGGCGGGAGAGAAUUAGGGAAGAGUAUUAACACUGAUGAAGCUGCAGCUCUAGGGGCUGUGUACCAGGCUGCUCAUCUGAGCAAAGGCUUUAGGGUGAAGAAAUUCAUUGUGAAGGAAGGCAAUAUCUAUCCAAUAGUUGUUCAGUUUGAGAGACAAACCACUGCAGAGUCAGGGGAGACAACCACCAAACUAGUUAACAGGACAUUGUUUGGCUACAUGAAUCCUUACCCACAGAAGAAGGUCAUGACAUUCAACAAACAUUUCAAAGACUUCCAUUUUUGGGUCCGCUAUGGAAAUACUAAUAUGCUAAGUGAAGAACAGCAAAGGUCUUUGGGCUCUGGUGAGAUACACAAAGUCAAGCUAUCUGGUGUGGAAGAGAGUUUUGACAAACACAGCAAAGAGGCAGAAAGUAAAGGAGUGAAGGCACAUUUUCGACUGGAUGAAAGUGGUCUAAUUGUCCUGGAGAGUGUGGAGUCUGUGUUUGAGAAACAGCCUGACCCUGAGGAGGAGAAGAAAGAUGAAUCUGCAUGGUCCAAAUUAGGCAGUGCGAUUGGAGGACUAUUUGGCGGUGCAGAGGGUGAAGGUAAAGGUCAGCCUAAGGAGGCCAGACCUCCAGGCACAAAAGCAGAAGCUGGAGAAGCUGCCAACGCCACCAAAACAAAGGGAGAUAAGCCAACAGACAAAGGCAAAAAAAAGGAGGAAAGCCAGAAAAAGGAGAACACCAAAGAGGAAGAGCCCAAACCUUCAGAAGGGGAAAAAACUGAGGAAAAACCAACUGAGAGUGCAAAACAGGAAGAGGAUGGUAAAAAGGCAAAGGAGGGCAAGACGGAGGAACAAAAGACAGAGGAACAAAAAACAGAGGAUAGCAAAGACAAGAAAACAGAAGAAGGCAAGGAUACAGACACGUCAUCUAAAAUGGGAGACAAGAAAAAAGAUGGGGAAGAUAAUGGCAAGGAUAAAAAGGAUGAAAAGGAAGAAGAAAAACCAAAGAAACCUAAGGUUGUCGUGAUCAAAGAUGAAUUGAAGGCCAAAACUAAGAUUCUAGAUUUGCCUGAGCCAUCUGAAGACAGUGUAAAGGAGUCCAAGUCAAGGCUGGCUGAACUAAGGAAAAAUGACCAGGAAAAAUUACUACUUCAAAAGGCAAAGAAUGAACUGGAGUCAUUCAUAUUUGAAACUCGUGACAAGCUGUACACAGAUGAGUAUGAGAAGUGUUCUGUAGAAGAGGAGAGGGAGAGUCUGAGGUCUCAGCUAAUAGAAGCCGAGGACUGGCAGUAUGAACAGGAAGAUUCUGCAGGAAAAGAUGUGUUCAUAGAUAAGUUAAAGGAAUUGAAGGCAGCGGCUAAGGAUUUGUUCACCCGAGUGAAAGAACUACAGCUUCGUCCUAAGGCGGUUGAGGAGCUGCGGGCUACCAUCAAGCAAGGAUGGAAUUUCUCAGAGAGCAUCCUUAACCUCUCAAAGAGCGAUCCUGACAUCUUUACACAAGUGGAAAUGGAUACUUUGAUCAAAGUGCUAAAUGAAACAGAGAUAUGGUUGAAUGAAACUGUGAAGCUUCAAGACAGUACACCUUUAUAUGAAGCAGCUGUUUUAACUAAGGCAGCCAUCAUGGAGAAGGGUGUGGCUGUUGCCAGGGAGAUGCAGUAUCUCAUCACCAAAAUGGUGUCCUACAAACAGAAGCCUCCCAAAUCAAAAACAAAGGAGGAUAAAAACACUACAGAUAGUGCAAAAGGAAACACUACAACUGAUACAGAAGGUCCAGCAUUAGACAAACAGGGUAAUGAUACAUCUGCGCCAGAGCCCCCUGGUGGGGAUUCAUCACCUCCUAGUGAAGACAGUACAAAGGGAGAUGACUCUGCCUCACCCGAUAUGACUUCAAGUGAAGAAACUCCUCAGUUAGAUGCCCCUGAUACAGCUACCACAGGAGGGUCCACUGAUCAGGAAGGUGCUCAAGUGACUGGGGACAAUGGGGAGGCAAAACGGCCAAGCACGAAUGAAGAGACCAAUCCAAACACAGAUAGCGCUAAAACUAUAGAAGACUCGGAUUCACCAGAAAAAAAUCAUGAUGCAGGAGAGUUAUAAUGUUAAUUUAAUGAUAGUAUUUAUAUAAAGGAUUCGAUUACAUGAAAGGAUGAAAGCUGUAUAUAUGUAAGAAGUGUGUGGUUCCAUCAUCUGCUUCACGAGGCUCGUGGGCCUACCUCCACUGGUUCUAAAGACCACUCACCAGUUCGUAUACGGUAGUAGUGAAAGCACCUUUAUGAAAUUUGCAAGCCUUCUACAAACAUGGCUUAUGGAAGGCUGGAACGUGAUGACACUUUCGAGCUCAAAGGUCAUUUACUACCAUUGGUCCUGUAAGAGAAUGCCAUCUGACAUUGUGAAAGGAUUAUGUAAGCCCAGUGAUUUGAACACUGUAACAUCUGUGUAUACUGGUGACCUUGACAUGACAGCCAUGUGAGAAAAUCUCGAUUAAUAGAUACCAACAUAUAUCUUUCAUUCAGAAGUACCAUAUUGAUGUGUUAUGUAAAGAAUAUUUGUAAAUAUUAUUGGCCAUCAUCCAUCAGUAAGUGUUAUCUUUGUUAUUACAUUUUUUGUGCAUUAAUGAGCUGUAGGAAUUCCAGAUUUUGUACAUUACAAUGUUGAUACAGCAUGGAUAGCUGAUAGAAGGGUGGAGGUCUGAGGUCGGGUGAGGGAAGGAGGCAGGGCGUUGGUGUGGGUGGGAUAAGGGAAGGGCAGUAUUUAUGUGUGGGUGCGGGAUAGGGCAUCGAUCAGGGAAGGGGUUGAGAAUGCACUAGUUUAUUGUCACAGCUCUAUAGUUGAUAUUUCAUCAUGGGUUCUGUCUUAAACAUUCAGUAUAUCUACAUGUGCAUUGAAUGUAACUUGUGCUUAAAUGUUGUGGUAGAAGCGAUCGUCUCGGUGCUAAAUGUUUAUAUGCCUGUUUCUCUCUGUAGGUAGCCUAUCCUAACUGCGACUAAAAGCCUUGCUCAAGAUGUAAAAUAAAAGUGAGCUUCAUGCCAUGUUGCAUGUAAGUCUAUCCUGGAAAAACUCUGAAGUGUGAAGCUUAAUAAUUAAAAAUAUUUAUGGUUUCGGCGUCAAUAGUUCAGUUAUAGUGCUGUUGUAAUCAGCCGCACACCACAUUGAGCAGACGACAUUCCUGUAUAUACAAUGACUGAUUGAGAUGUACGCUCAGUGAUUAGGUCGUGUGUCACGUGAUCGCAUUUAUUUGUACAAACACAUUCACCUCUUGGUUCAGACCUACCACUCUGAAGUUUUAAAUAAAAUUUCUGCAGGAACCAAUUUUGAAACUGAUUUUUUUUUUUUGUCCAGUGUUUACAUUUCCU